GUCAUUGUAGGCUAUCUUCGUCCUUCCGUGUGGAUAAAUCGUCACAAUUGGUGUUGGUGGAGCUCUGUGCGGUUGGAAGCACAGAGACUGCAAUGGAACUCUUGCAUAAGCCGCAAUAAAAGGUAAUGAAGGUGACAUGCCGUAUAAAUGGGGUAACAGCCCAGAGGUUGCCAUGCUUUGUAAAAUGAGGUAGAUAUAGCUUCUGAACUUGGUGGAUAUUCCGAGAUGAGGAUGGCUGUUCUUCUUGCAGUUCAGAGAUACCCUCCUAUAUUUUCUUGUCCGCUUGGAAAAUUCUUGAAACCUAUCACUGCAGAUGAACUACAAUCCAGGUCUUAUGUUGUGCUACCCUUUCAAGAAACCCAUUCUAGUCGGCGGCAAUUAUGCAGUGGUAUUUCAUUGGUUGCUUUUCUGGCAUUUAACUGCAGCUUAACACCAUUACCACUUUUGGCUGAGGAUGAAUUAAAGGGCCAAGAGGAUAGGGAUAGUGGUAUCAUUGGGGCUAUUAAUUCAUUGUUUGAUCCCAAUGAGAAAACAAAGUCUGGAAAAGUAUUGCCAAAGGCCUACUUGAGGUCUGCAAGGGAGGUUGUGAAGACAUUGCGUGAAUCAUUAAAGGAAGACCCCAAGGAUAUUUCUAAAUUUAGACAGACAGCAGAUGCAGCAAAGGAAUCAAUCCGAGAGUAUCUGAGCAACUGGAAGGGUCAACAAACAGUGGCCAGUGAGGAGUCAUAUCUUGUGCUAGAGAAAGCAUUCAGAUCUCUGGCCAGCUUCUACUCAAAGGCAGGUCCGUUUGCUCCACUUCCAGAGGAGGUUAAGUCUGAAAUUUUAAAUGAUUUAAACACGGCUGAGGAAUCUUUGUGAUCUGAGUAUCUCAUUAUUGGUGUAUGUCAACCACAUGAAGUUAAAAGGAACGCACUACACUGCAAAUUCUGUGCACCACCAUUUGUUUUAUGUAUGCUAUUCUUUGUUAGAUCGAAAUUAUUGUUUUCCUCUGGAACGAAAUUCAGUAUAUGCAGCUAGGAAAGCUACAAUUUCCUUUUCAAGAUAUGAUUGCUGUUAGUGGUGGAAGUGUAAACAGAAAGUAAGCAGCAGCAUGUAUUAUCAAUGUGAAAAAGCAAAGCAGCAAAACAAGGGUACAUAAAA